AUGAAAGAAUUGCUUAAAAGUAAUUCUCAACUGGUUAUGAUUUUAAUGGAUUAUCUUUCUGAUAGCACAGCACUCAAGGAUCUUCUUAUUAACAUAAUCCCAAAGAAGGUUUCAAACAUCCCUAAGGUUAACCAUGUAGUAACAAAGGUCAUCACCAAUUAUAACGGAAACUAUCUUGAUUAUAUUAAAUUAGGCUCUGAUCGUGUUGAACAACAAGUGAUUAUGGAUUGCAUUAGAGAAACAAUGAAGGCUGAUAGAGUAAAGGAAGAACCUUCUGUUGAUUUAAAGAAUGAUGAAUUAGACGAAAUAUUUAGAAAGUUAGGCUACUCAAAGUCUUCCAGAUAUUGUCUUGUUAGAGCCCUAUUGUACUUCAAUUGGAAUAUUAAUUCUUCAUUGCAAGAACAGAUCACCAAGUGCUUCCUAGAGAGCAACAAUAAGGCUCAUAUUUCCAUUACAUUAUUUAACAAGAUUAGGAGAGAACUUGAUUUUUACUCUUUUGAAUUGCAUCAAGAGAUUCAACAGGAUUUAUGUAAGGGUGUUGAAACAGUGUCAGAUAUUUUGAACAUGAGAGAAGAUGAUUUUGAAAAGGUAAAGAGAAUUGUUGUCGACACCAAGAAAGCAAAAAGAAAGGAAUUUCAAGAUGCCGCAAAGGUCUUGUAUGGGCCAAAGAAGAGCAAGAAACAACCUACCAUUAAGCAAUGUAAGGCUCUUUCAACUGUUCAAGUUUCUAUUGCAAACAACCCAAUUCAAGAACAAAGCACACCUCUUAAAACAGAACCAAAGAAGAGCAAGAAGGAAAUCAAGAAGCAACCACCUGUUAAACAAAAGAUUCCAGGUGCUAACCUUGAAGAUACCGAAUGCUUGCCUUGUCAACAAGUUGCAAAUCCAAACACUAACCCAACUCAAGGACAAGAUACAGAUGUUAUCCAUUCAAUUCAAGUAGCUCUCACAGGUUUGAAAAUUGUAAAUCCAAACACCAAUCAAAUUCAAGAUGUUCUUCUAGCAACAGAGACCGCUCAUGAAGAUGAUACAACAUCUAUUUCUAGUUCAAGCGUUUUAUUUUCAAGUAAGGCAGUCGAAAGAGAUGAGGAUCAAAAUUUGGAACACAGAAAUUUGCUGGCUGAAAAUAACAAAUACAUUAUUGACAAAAUUACAGAAGUACUUAUUGAGGCAAUAACUGAAAAUAACAAAUAUAUUAUUGAAGCAAUGGCUGAAAACAACAAAAAAUUAAUGAAACACAUUUCUGAAGUACAAAAAGAUAACAAAAAUAAUUAA